GAUAUAAAAAGAAGCACGCCCGUGGACGUGUGGAGCGCAAGAGAAAGUCAGACAACCUUUGUAAAGACAACAAUCUACCCUGUCCUCGAGAAUCUAAAAGGGCAAGACUCUCUGCAGUUGUAGAUGCAGACCUGCCUACGAAGCCACCUCGAAAUGGUCUGUUUCUGUUCAUGAAGGAGAGUGCUGCAGAAAACAGACCUUCAUUAGGUUCGGACUUGCACAAUGAUAUGAGGAAACGCUGGAGAGAACUGAAUGAACCAGAGAAGGAUGAGUAUUGCUCACGCUGUCUAAAGAUGAAGCAUGAGUAUAAUGCCAAGCUAAAGGAAUCUUUGGAUCAACAAACCAUUAAAGAACAAGAUAUCGGAUUUGUGAAGGCAAAGCCUUUGAGGACGUCACCCCGUGAGCCCAAGAUGCCCAGCCAAACUGUAUUGACAUACUUUGCCAAAGAUCAGAAGAUGUCUUCAGCCAAAUCUAUGAAACUUUGGGACAAGCUUCCUGCAAAGGAGAAGGAACGUUACAAAGAACAGAUGCAUUCAAACAUGAAACAAUACUCAGAAAACCUGCAAAAGUGGUUCAAGAAUCUGACCACAGAAGAACAAACGGAGUAUUUGAAACAAAAUCCCAGUAAAUUGCAGUUCCUCGAUCCCAAACAAAAACAGGUGCACAACAGAGAAGAGCUACAUCCGAGUCAACCUUCAGACUCGGAGGACGAAGACAUCACGGACAACAGCAGUGAAGAUGAUAUUUGGAUCAGUUAUGAGGAUGAGAGUGGAGAGGACUGGGACAUGUUUGAGAUGCAUCGCUGAUUGACAGAAUCAGAACCUUCAUACACUGCUAUAGGGAAACUUUUAUGAACACUUUAUCAACUGAGCUGAAAAAAUGCUGCCUGUAAAGUUACAUCAUUGUGUGGCAGAGAUAUUCUCAAUAAUGUUUACUUGUCGUUAUUAUAGCUACAAUAUGAAAAUAUUCUUGAUGUAGUGAGUUCCUGGGAGUAAGAAGAAAAAUUACAGUAGGACAGAAAGGGUCAUUUCCUCGUUCACGCCGCGAUAAUUUUACAUUUUUCAAGUGCUUAUUUUAGUUCAUUCGCCUCUUGGUUAAAAUGAUGUAAACUGUUUUAAAUUCAUAUUCAUAGAGGGGAAUUGGGAAUGUAAUUUAGGUUAAUUUUAUCACUUUGUAUAUGUCAUGUCAGGGAUGAUAUAAUAAUUAAAGAAAAACUAAAACAUGAAUUUGGGAUUUGUAGGUUUUUUAAAUGAAAAAUAUAGAACAGAUAUAAGUAAUUUUGGUGACAAAUUAUAUAUUUUAAAGACCAAUUAAGUGUUCUUGUUUAAGAGGUGUGGAAGUUUUCUUAAAAAAAAAAAAAAAAAACAGAACUGUUAAGAGUAAAAAAAAUAGAGGUACAUUAUCUUGCAGAUUAUACAAUAAUACAACUCAUAUUUGUGUUUUGGAAUUUAGAUGCGACUUUCAAAAUUUGCUGCCUGUAAUUACAAUAAGUGUGACUUCAGA